AGACAAGUCAUCACCCCUUCCCUGGACCCGCGCGUUCUAUUUCGGUAGAAUGUCACCACUGAACACUCAGGACUGAGGGCCCUCCCCCCACCCUUCCGCCUCUUCUUCCCCUCCCUCAGAUCGCCCCAUCAUCCGUCACUGAUUAAAGUUCGCUGAAGCCCCUGCAGACAGCCCAUUUCGUCCUACACUUCCCGCCACGCAGCUUCAUUUGUUAACAGAAACUACAGCCGUUUCAGGAUCCACGCUGUGAGAAGAAGCUACCGACCAGUUUUGCUGGCAACCACCUCUGCGGAAUCAACAUGGCGAGCACGCAAAGCACAAAUGCUUCCGUGUCAACGUUCCUCUCCUCAGUCAUCUUCACCACCGCUGUCUCUGCAGGGCUCUUUGUCGCCUUUGCGCUCGUACGUACGCGCUUCCCGCGCGUCUACGCCCCAAAGACCUACAUAGGUCCCCAGCGCGAGCGAGUCAAUGGCUCGGUCGGGGGAAUACUCGGCUGGGUCUUUGGAUCACCCAAACAAGGCGAGCUCGAUUUCAUACAGCAUUGCGGCCUCGAUGCCUUCAUGUUCCUCGAGUUCUUGAACAAGUCCUUCUUCCUCUUCCUUGGGUUCUCUUUCUUGGCGAUCCCGGUUUUGAUCCCGCUCAAUUCUUCAAACCAACUCGGACUCGCUGGUCUGAACCAGCUAACGAUCGCAAAUAUCGCGGACCAGCAAAGACUUUGGGCGCAUGUGGUCAUGACGGUGCUGUUCUGUGGAGCGACAAUUGCCCUGGGUGUAUAUACCAUUAGGCAGUACAUCAUUCGUCGACAGAAUUACCUCAUGAGUGACCAACACACCCAGACCCUACAGGCAACUACGAUCCUUGUCUGCGGCGUCCCAAAAGGCGAGAACGAUAUCCAGAACCUCCACAAUAUCUUUGGCACCUUUUCUGGGGGUGUGAGGCGUAUCUGGCUCGCCUAUGCGGCCACAGAUCUGGAGAAGGACAUUUCCAAACGAGUCAACAUCACUAACAAACUCGAGGCUGCAGAAUGCAAACUGAUCAAAUUAAAACUGAAGCAUCAUCUGAAGCGCGGUCGGCGCGGGUCGUACUCCUCUACCAACCCGUUGAGCGGCGAAUCUGGAGACAAUCACCAGCAAGACCAACGACAACACCAACAGGAGUCCUCCAAUCCUCAUGGGUCAUUCCCACAAGAGUCUCGACCGCGCCAUCGGCCCGCUAAGUUUCCCAUGUCGCUGUUCGCCAGCUGUUGCGGAGCAGAGAAGGUGGAUUCAAUCCAGACAUAUCGAUCGGAGUUGUCGAGUAUGAAUUCUUCUAUACUAGCGAGGCAGCAGGCGGGUAUGGCAGCCAUGCAUGAUGGUGUGGCUAAAGGCAGGAUGCGGGCAGCAUUUAUCCAAUUCAACCACCAACUGGGUGCCCAUCUUGCCGCGCAGUCUGUUAUCCAUCGAAAAAUUUUGACAAUGGGCCCUCGUCAUCUGGAGGUCCACCCCAAAGAUGUGCUCUGGGACAAUCUAAACCUCGGACUCAAGACCAGGACCAUCCGGAGGACAAUUACAGCAUCGCUGGCAGCAGCGCUGAUUUUGACCUGGGCGAUCCCUGUGGCAUUUGUGGCGUCCAUUGCUAAGCUGGAUGCGAUUGUGGAGUUUGCGCCUUUCCUGAGCGGAGUGUAUAGUCUUCCUACGUUCGUGGUGGGUAUCAUCCAGGGCAUUUUGCCGCCCAUUGGCUUGGCUCUCCUGAUGAUGCUCCUGCCCAUUAUACUUUACAGACUGGCGCAUUACGGAGGGGAGGUUUUGAGCACAAGGAAGACACUCUCGGUCGUCACCUCUUAUCACUGGUUCAGUGUGGUCCACGUCUUGCUGGUUACGACACUCGCGAACGGCAUUUUUGCCGCCGUGGAGGCCAUCAAGGAAAACCCCAACAAUAUCAUGACCAUGCUCGCGUCGACUCUUCCCCAGGCCUCGACCUUCUUCCUGACAUUUAUUUUGACAUCUCUGAUUCAUGUCCCAAUGAUGCUACUCCAGAUUGGACCAUUGAUCACGUACAUCCUCAAGAAGAAGCUGACCUCGACCCCGCGCAAGAUGUUUGCAACCGAGACUAACAUGGGCUCCGUUGACUGGGGGAUGACGAUCCCCGUCCACACCAUCGCUUUUUCGAUCGGCCUGCUCUACUCGACUAUCCAGCCGAUUAUCCUACCAUUCAUGGUCAUUUACUUUGGACUCAACUACUUAGCAUUCCGUUACAUGUUCCUGUACGUCUACCGACAGCCCUUCGACUCGGGCGGUCUUAUUUUCCCUCGCAUCGUAGACCAGAUCUACAUUGGCGUCAUAAUCUUUGAGCUUGUCAUGCUCGGCCUCUUUAUCAUCCAAAAGGCCAUCGGUCAGUCUAUCGUGGCGUUUAUCCUCCUUGUCGCCAGUCUGACCACCAUCAUCAUCAGUCGCAACCGCGUCUUCAAGCCCCUUAUCCAGUACCUUCCUGUAGAGGCCUUUGACACUCGGAACCUUCGCGUGGCCAUGGGCGGAAGCCACCUCGAUGCGCCCAGUGCCUCAGGCAUGCCAGAUGGUAGUGUCAAUUCCACUUCACGCACUCGCGCUCUUGCUGCUCCUGCGGGAGCAACGGCCGUGAAUGUCGAUGAUACUGCUUCGGAACAGGCAAGCAUUACCGAAAAGAUCAACCCCAUUCCAGCGCAAGAGUCAUUCCAAGAAAAGGUUCCCUACAAAGACCCCUCUUCACCUCAAUUGGGACCCGAAACCCGAGAGCUCUACAUACCCGACCUACCCAAUUCAUCUGGAGUGGAUACAUCUGUGCCCGAGAGUGGACGUCGCCGCCAAGGAUCCGCUGUCUUACCUCGCUCUCAGUACUCCAAUCAAUCCCCUCUUCCAUCAAUCCGCAUCGAGGACACCACAGAAUAUUCGCCCUCCACUGCCACCCCCGCAAAGGCACCUUCGGCACCAUCACACCAUGGCUUGUCAGUCCGUCAAGGACCCGAUUACGAUGGCGUCGAUGCUAGCUCCAGCCUCCAAGUUCUGGGCGCGAAUAACAGUCUGCUGUCUGUGUCCGAUCCCGCGUCUGAGAAGGUUGUUCCCGAUACCUUUUCGUACGUGAAUCCAGCCUUCUGGGUACAAGGUAUGCCAAUCUGGCUGCCGAAGGAUCCAAGGGGAUUUGUAGAACUAGAGACCGUCGAACUGAAUAACGCAGGGUUGCCGUCCACAACGGAUUCGGCUGCAAUGGACAUGAAGGGUCGGAUCACUGUCGACACAUCUAAGCGCGAGCUCGCACCAGGUGAAGAGCAUUGGGAGGCCAUAUAG